UGAUCCCAAGUGCCAGUGUGGCAAUCGCAAGUCGGACCACGAUGAUCGCUUCCUUAACAACCCAGACCCUAAGGCCAAGUGGAAGGUGGAGACGCACACCCACACCAGUGCCACCAACGCCUAUGGGGAGAUUGAGUUCAUCGGGGCAGCCGGAGCAGGCUUGGGGCUCAAGCUGCGCAAGUACAUUCGAGUGGACCACAGCAUCCACCCAAACCGCCUGAUGCAGCUGCUGAAUACUCAGUGGAACCUCGGCACGCCCAAGCUCCUCAUCUCGGUCACGGGAGGGGCCAGAAACUUCCACAUGAACACCAAGCUCAAGAACGUCUUCAGGAAGGGACUGAUCAAGGCUGCUCUGAGCACAGGUGCCUGGAUCAUCACUGGCGGUACUCACGCCGGUGUCAUGAAGUACGUCGGGGAUGCUAUCAAGGACUACUCCCUAGCCAGUAGCAUCACAGGCAGAUCCAAUGUUGUAGCCAUCGGCUUUGCAUCGUGGGGCGUGAUCGACCAGCGGGAGAAGCUUAUUAGUGACAAGGGUCGUUUCCCAGCCUAUUUCCGCAUGGACACCAAGAAUCGCAAGGGGGUCCUCCUGGACCCCAACCACACCCACUUCAUCCUGGCAGAUGAUGGGACAGUGGGCAAUUUCGGUGUGGAGAUCAAACUCCGAGCCAAGAUGGAGAAGGAAAUCUCUGAGCAGAAGGUGUAUGGAAACACAAAUGUGUCGGUACCGGUAGUGUGUGUGGUGGUGGAGGGAGGACCCAACACCAUAGCUACGGUCUACGAGGCUGUCAUGAACGGCACACCGGCUGUCAUUAUCGCAGGGUCGGGGAGAGCCGCCGACAUUCUGGCAUUUGCUUUCCAGAGGGCACCAGAGGUGGAAAAGCUGGUCAAGGACAGUGUGGGAAACAUCCGGAAAGAGAAAAAGACAAUCAUCAGCGAUUCCCUCUUGGUUCGCCUCGCCAACAUGCUCUGCAAGGAGUUUGGGGAGAAGGAACUAGACAUUCACCUGACGCGCAUCAAGGAGAUAUUGCUGAGAAGACAUCUGGUCAUAGUCUACGAGCUUGGCUCGGGCGACAUUGACAGUGCCAUACUGCACGCCCUCCUGACAGCCAACAAGGGCCAGGUUCAAGACCAGUUGCAGCUUGCUCAGAUGUGGAACAGAGUGGAUGUUGCCAAGCGAGAAAUCUUCACAGAAGACCUGGAAUGGAAGAAAGGUGAGCUGGACGACGCUCUUCACUACGCCCUGGUCAACAACCAGACGGACUUUGUCAGGCUGUUUAUGGAGAACGGCAUCAGUUUGAAGGACUACCUGACAAUCAGAGAGCUCACCCUGCUCUACAAUGAGGUGAAGAAGAACACGCUGCUGUAUGAACUACUUGACAAGCACAGGGGUAAGUCGUCCGAGAAGUUCACCCUUGUGGAUGUCGGCAAAGUGAUCCAGGAGCUGACCAUGGACACCUAUGAGCCCCUGUACCUGCGGGAGAGGAGCAAGUACUCUCUAUCGAAGAAUGACAUCUGCAGAGGGCCGGAUAGGCCCACAGAAGAGUUAGGGGAGAUAAGACGCGAACACACCCUGAUGGAGGGUCUCCGAGCUGUGUCCAAUAACAUGGCUCGACCCGACUCUCCGGAGAAGAACCAAGACUUCCACAGUCCAGUGCGAGAGCUCUUCCUCUAUGCUGUCCUGCUGAAUUGGGAGCAGAUGGCGCGAAUGUUCUGGGAGGAAGGGAAGGAAGCCAUUCCUAGCGCCCUGACUGCAAGCAAAAUAUUGACAUCCUUGGCUGCAAAGGAACGUGACCCUGACCAGAGCACUAUCAUGCAGUUGCAUGCCACGAGCUAUGAAGAUUUGGCCCUGGGUGUGCUGAACGAGUGCUACAACGAUAACGCUGACCACACCUCCCUCCUGCUGGUGAGGGAACAGGAGAACUGGGGUAGGACCACCAGCCUGAGCCUUGCCAAGCAGGCCGACAACAAGAACUUCAUCGCGCACUCCGGAGUCCAGAACCUGCUGACAGAGAUCUGGAGUGGGAAGUUGUCGAACGAGAACAGUUACUGGCUGCUCUGGGCCUGCACCUUCUUGCCACCCUUGAUUCCUUGCAUCAUCAAGUUCCGAGAAGAUGAGAAGCCCGAUGACGAGACUGUCACCGUGCAGAGAAAAAUCUCCAAGAAACAGUCAAAAACCUAUGAGGUGGCUGAAGUCCAGAAUGCUGCACUGGUCGGUGGGCAGAAUGGCCUCCACAAUGAAGUCUUUGAGCUGUCAGGGGUACAGGAUGCCGCGGCAGGGGAUAACCUGGAGGAAAACGGAGGUCCACACACCAACAACACUAAUGAUGCUGACAAGAACGAGAACGAAGAUCCUGAUAAGUACCACGAGACGGCAGACAUUGACAUCACCAACAGCGGCAAGAAGCUCGCGUGGUGGCAACGCUUCUCCCUCUUCUAUGAUGCCCCAAUCAUCACCUUCAGACACAACGUGCUUUCGUACUUGGUGUUCCUGGUGCUGUUCAGCUACAUCAUCUUGGCCAAUUUCACGCCCACCAUCUCGAUCUUUGAGAUUGUGCUGAUUUGCUGGGUGGGGUCUCUCUACAUGGAGGAGUUGAGACAGAUUGCUCAAGGCGAAUCCAACAGCUGGCGAGUCCGUUUCUGGUUCUGGAUCACCGACUACUGGAACAUGGUGGACAUUGCCACCCUGGUCCUCUUUGCCGUGGGCGUGGCCCUGAGGUUCUUUGACCACCUCUUGGACUACGCCCGCAUCAUCCUAGCCCUGGACCUGGCUAUCUUCUACAUCCGCAUCCUGCAGAUCUUCUCCGUCAGCAAGAACCUGGGACCCAAGCUGAUCAUGAUUGCCAAGAUGAUGGUCGAUCUUGCAUUUUUUGUGGCCAUUCUGUGUGUGUUCCUGAUCGCUUAUGGCGUAGCCUCUCAGGCGAUACUCUACCCUAAUGGCACAAGCUUCCAAGAGGUCAUCGUCGGGGUGUUCUUCAAAGCGUACUUCCAGAUGUAUGGCGAGCUAUUCCUGGAGGAGAUUCAAGGUGAAAACGGCUGUUCCAACAAUGAAACCUUGAUUGAGACUGGUGUCCCGCGAUGUCCAGAGUAUUCCACCAUUGGCGUCAUCUUGCUGGCCAUGUACAUGAUGCUGAGUAACGUACUGCUGCUGAACCUCCUCAUCGCCAUGUUCAGCUACACCUUCUCGGCUGUCCAGGAGAACACGGAUGUUUUCUGGCGGUUCCAGCGCUACGACCUGAUAAAGGAGUACUUCAAUCGCCCAGCCCUAGUUCCACCCUUCAUCAUUGUGGCUCAUGUCUUCUUCCUGAUUCGCUUCCUGAUCCAGAAGAUCUGUGGGUCCUGUCUGAAGUACCCUACCAGGGAAAUGACCAGCGACAGGCGAACUCAGGCGUCUUACAGGAGAGUGACCAGUAUAUUGGACGAGAUGAGAAAGAGCACUCGUGGAGCUUUUGCCGGGAGAAGACACUUUCGAGUACAGAAGCAACGCCUCUCCAAGUCUCAGGCCAAGCAGUUGAUUCUGUGGGAAGCCUUCAAGAGCGAUGACUACGUCGUCAAGGAGAAGAGCCGCCUCCAAAGCGACAUCAACGAGCAAGUCCGCACCACAAGCGAGAGGGUGGAAGACCUCCUGGGUAAGAUGGAGGAACUCUUUGCUGAUCCAGAGACUGGGGUUCCUUCCAAAGCCUUAGGACUGCUUGGAGAAAAGGCCUUGGAAGACAGGCUCAACAGACUGGAAGAUCAGGUGGAAAGGAUCAAUCAGGCAGUUGACUGGGUCAUUACAGCCCUGAACGACAAUCAGCUUGGAUCUAAAGAUGGCCCACCCUCCCUGAAAGAGAUCAAGCCCAGGGAAGAGAGUGAUGCCUUUGCAGAGUCUGGUGAGGAUCACAAAGUCCCCACGACGCUGGAGGAACUUGGCAUGGCAUUGCACCAGAAGUCUCGCUCCAGCCCCUACCCCAGCACUGCUAUCAAACGGUUCCCUGUACCUGAUGAGAAGGUGCCAUGGGAGAUGAGCUUCCGCAGCUACAAGCCAGUCCGCUACACCCAUCCCAGCAUCUUAGCCAUGCCUCACUUCGCUGAUGUGGACUUGCUGAAGUAUGAGAAACAUGAGCGGCCCAUGCUGAACUUCAACACGCUGGACAAGUCUGUCAACUACGACCGGCAGAGCUUCAUGGGCACGUACAACGUUGUGGAUGGUAUUCCUCAAAACCCACGAGGUCGUACUGGAAUGGUGGGACGUGGGCUGCUUGGACGAUUUGGACCCAAUCACGCUGCCGAUCCUAUUGUUACCAGAUGGAAGAAAAAUCUGGAUGGCUCCCAGAUGGAGGAUGGCGGACUGAAGGUGCUGGAGUUUAUUGCCAUACAGAGGAAGGACAACCAGCAGUGGGCGAUACCAGGGGGCAUGGUUGAGCCGGGGGCCGUCGUCAAUGAGACACUGAGGAGAGAAUUUGGCGAGGAAGCCAUGGGAUCGCUGGACAAGUCUCCUGAGGAGAAAGUCGCCAUCCAGAAGAAGAUUGAAGACCUCUUCAAGCACGGUGUGGAGGUGUACAAGGGUUAUGUGGAUGAUCCAAGGAACACAGAUGAUGCCUGGAUGGAAACCGUAGCCAUGAACUUCCAUGAUGAGGAGGGUACAUCAGUAGGUCUGCUUGAACUUGAGGCCGGUGACGAUGCACAGGGUGUGCGAUGGCAGCGUGUCAGCUCCAAGAUUCCUCUCUUUGCCAGCCAUCAGGCCAUGCUCAGGAAGGUAGCUGAGCUGCACAGCGCCGCCUUCUAGACGGAGGAAGGGCCAUUUGGAGCUGGGUACGUGCAGCAGAGAGUCUUAGGUGGCAGAGAGUCAGUUGUUUUCUGUCCUAGCUAGCUUACAAGCAGUGGCUCAUCAGAGGGUGUAGCUUCGCAUCACUUGUGUUGUGACAUCAGAGCAAAUAUCAGAUUGGAGCUGUUUCACACCAGACUGAUAUGCAAAUGGAAGUUUUACUGGUCAGUACUACUAACAGCAAUUGUUUCUUGGGUUAAACAACUCCUUGUUAAGUAGAAUUUCCCAUGUGAACCAAGAAAGUUCUCUAAAAAUAAAAUCUCGUCAUUUGUCUGGAGUACUUUAGCAGGGCUUUCCAACAUGUACACAGACUACACAAGAAUCUGAAAUUUAAAGCAGUUAUUUGAAAAAUCAAUCAGUCUUGCCACGAUUAGAUUUGCCAGAAUGUGUGAAAAGAGAAUGAACACGUCAGCCAAGAAAAGCCAGGAGAUUUAUUUAAUAAUAUAAUUUGCAUUAAAUGCAUGUCAAAUGUGCCAUGCCUGCAGGGUUAAUCCGGAAGCCGUACAGAUUCUAUGUUGUUUCUAUGGGGGAAAAAAUAGAUAUUUACUCUUAGCACCAUAGGGAAAGUAUUUUACGUCAAGUUAUGUUGAGGGAAAUUUCUAGAUUUAUAGAAGAUAUUUUCACAGGAUAUCUGUUAUUUUUUACCUGUAAACUUAAACUGCUCCUGUUUGCAAAGUUCAUCUCUACUCAAAAAUGAAAUUUGAAAAUGGAAAUUUUAGAAUAUUUGUGAGCUGUAAAUGAAUAUUCAUCAAAGCAUAAGUGUGACCAGCUUCUUGACCGCAAGUAAGGUGUUGCAAGUGUGUUCACUUCUGCUGCCUGUUUGAUUUUUACUCAUGAAUAUCCCGCCAAUUCAUCUUUGAGCAAAAGUUGAGAGUGACCCUAAAUUUGGCAAACAAAAUUCCACCUGCAGGACUUAUUACAGUUCUCAGCCCAGGGUUUGUUAUAUCUGUUCAGAGCUCUUCGCAGAUUGGGAAAUGCUCUUGUUCACUUAAUGUAACGACACAGACAAGGAAGACACAUGCAGUAUGAUGAACAAUAUUAUUGGCUGUAAUUUGUCCUUCACUCCAUCUGAGUUUAUCGGUCCAGUAAAACUUGUCAAGAAAGUUUAUAAGCAGUCAGAAUGCUUUGUAGCAGGUAGCAUGCAAUAUGAGCACAAGUACUUAGCAUAUAUCGCUGUGUCAUUUUGACUUGAUUGCGUAUAGGGUGCGCGCUCACUAAUGAGUGAUUAUAUAUAAAUAAGUUGAACCGUAUAUAAUGCUUAAAUUAAUGUUGACAAAUUAAAAAUCUCAUUUAUCAGGUAGCUGAAUGGUACAGUUGAAAUCUUGUAAUUGAAUUAAUAUUCAUGACUGGAAUAUUUGAACUCCAAACCACAUUUUAUUGUAUCUUUGAAAUGGUAGUAACAUUUUGGUUUAGCUUAACCAAUCCCAGUGGUGCAAUUUUAAAAUAAGUCAUAAUUAGUGCUGCGAUUUCCAGUCAACAGGCGAUAUUGAACUUUAUGUUUGUGAAAAAUAGUGGAUUCUAUCAAAUACACUGGCCCAAAUCUUAUAGCUUUAUUUGGACAGUGACAGACUAUGUUUGUGGGAUUCUGGCAAGUUAAAUUUUGGAGUACAGAUUAAUGUCAGUCCAACUCAAAAUAUGUAAACGUUUCACAACGAUGAGAAGGAUACUUCGAAGUGCCUUUGAAGUUUUUAAGUGUUAGUUUGAAGUUUAGAAACCAAAAUAUACUGUUGUAUAUUUUGAUUCAUGCUACUACUUCCUAGUUAAAGAUUUACAAGACAUUUUUACAAGUCAUUUUUAUCCAAUGCCAUACAUAGUGCUCACAUAGUUUUAUUAGUAAAACUGUAUAGAAAAUUAUAAUGUUUGGAAGGAAAUAAGCUUUUUAAGUGUAAUCAAAUAUGUAUAUGCAACAGAACUUAGUGAAGAUAUCAUUCGUACAAAUUGUUUGAUAAAACAUUUUCAAUGACCAAUCCUGGAAAGAUCAAAUCAGAAAUUUUGUACAUGUGGAUACAUUGUGUCCUGAGUUUUUUUAAUAGAAGAUGAUUAUCCUGCACAUUUUAUGCCACACAUUAAGUUUUAAAGGGCAGAUACAAUUAAUGAUAUGUCAUCUUUGUUUAAGACUGUAAAAUGCCAAUACAUGAAUAACAGUACGCUUUUAAGAUACAGAUCUGACAUGAAUUUUUAUCAUGGGUAGGGGUAUAUUACUGUUGAUAUUGCCUAAGUCAUUGAAUAUCUCAGAUUAAAUGAAAGAAUUACCAAUCUU